GUGUCAUUUCCUGUGCUGAAUCUCUAUGGUGACUGACUGACUGACUGACUGCGGAGAGGCAGAAACUAGUGCAGUUUCCAGUAGUUUAAUUAGUAGUUAGUGACUGAUUAUCAUCAUCAUAAUGGCUAAAAGUGACAGCUGCUCGUAUUUCAGGAGAUCCAGUCUGUUCUGGAUCGUGACCGUGACGGUUUCUUUGGGCUUUUUCACGUGGACAGUGUUUUGGCCUCAGGACGUCCCGUAUGGCAGUCUGGGUCCUCUCGGAGCUCUGGCCAAACAUUUAGUUGACUAUCAUUAUUCUGUGCUGUACUACGGGUGGUAUCUGACGUGGGUCAUCCAUUUGUUCGAGGCUCUUUAUGCGCUGAAGGUCUGCAGUGAUAAAGGCAUCGACAACACUUCCACACGCUUGCUGUGGUUUGCUCAGACCUUCUUGUAUGGUAUCGCGUCUCUUGGUCUUCUGCUCAAAUACAAGCCCGACGGCCGACCCAAGCGCCAGUGAGAGAAACCACCACACAUUUCCCAGCAGGACACUGAUCUUUAUAUUCCAGAGGACGUCAACAGGAGCACAUAAAGCAGCUGUCGAGGUUUCAGUUAUACAGUCACAUCACAUCCAUGUUUAGCAUGGCCUUUUUUAACAUGAUCUGGGUUCAGUUCAACUAUCGGCAGCAUUAAUGUCCUUUCCCUCAGAAAAUCAUUUCAACUCGACAGUCAGCGUUUUAAAAAAGUGCAGCGAGACUAAAGGACGGAAACUAAAGGACUGAGCGAUAAACAUCAAAAUACACACUGUUUAGUUACACAUGUUUACAUGAGACUAGUGUCUUGUGACCUUGACUGGUAUAGAUAGUUUCUUGUAAGAGCCAUGGAAAUCCAGUAAACAUGGUAACUUUAUUAACAGUAACAGUGACCAUAUUCAGAGAGCCCUCCAUAUAAGCUGUAAUAUUUCUUUACUUAAAAGCCUUUAUGUUUAAUGCAUUAAUAAUGUAUGUUAAAAUGCAUCAUAAUAUUUCCAGAUUUCCAAUAUUCUGAAAUGAGUUUUUAAAGUUAGUGCUCAAAUUAUUCAGGUUACACUUAGAUUUUAUGGGUUUUUUUAGCAGUUUAAUUGUUAGAUAAUUCAAAUAUAACUUGAUUUCAAUCAUUUGAAGUCAUGCUGAGCCCUCCAGUGAAACCACCUUAUAGCCCAAACGCAUUUUAAAGUAAGAGUUCAUGAGUUUGAAUAAAAGCAUGAGGGUUUUCUGUGGUGAUCUGAUGCUGUUGAUGGAGCCGAACACAGAACGUUCUUCUACCGCAGGGUUUCUCAAGCUCUGCUCCGGGGUUUAAAGUGCACUUGUAUAUUUAGAUUAUCUGUAGAUUCAUAGACUUCAGCUCAAACACAUUCCCGAGGAGGAACUGCAGUGUUCAGGCACUAUAGUUCACUUCUAGAGUUUUUACCAUUAUACGAUUUACAGAUCAAGAGGACACAGUGUUUAACGCUGGUGAGUGUUUGAAUGAUGGACCGUGUGGUUGAUCUUUUUAAAGAGAUGGAAAAUAAACUGAUUUGAAAUGUU